AUGAGCAAUAUGAACUCUAUCAAUGACGAUCGAGUAAAGCUAUUCUUGCGAACCGAAGCCAAUGUGCGCCAAUGGAUUGAAGAGUCACUAAAAGUCACUCUAAAGGGUGACCUCUAUGAAAAACUAAGGAGUGGUAUCGUCCUAUGUUAUUUGGCCAAUGCAAUCUCGCCCGAUGCCGUGCCAAAGAUUCAGGAGAAUACCAACGUCGAAUUCAAGCUGCACGAGAACAUCAGUUUUUUUUUGGAGGCACUCGAAGAGUUUGGCACACCGAAACACAAGCGAUUCCAACUGGCGGAUCUCUAUGAGGGUGGCAACAAGGUCAAGGUCAUCGAGAGUCUGGUGUCGCUCGCAGAGUAUGCCGUGGUAAAGUAUGGAUUCCACACCAAGAUGAAACCGAUCGAUCCGAAAACACCGGUUGUCAUUCCGGCUCACGAACAGCUCAAAGAGCUGAAAUACUGGUUGUCACUCAUCAAGGAGCCAACCAAGCAAAUGAAAGGUGGACGUAAGGGUGCCACCAUUCUAAAAACACAGAUGGCACUACUCGCCGGUAACACUGUUGAUUUCGCCAAGUGUGAACGUGGAUUCAUAGCAUUCCAAUCACUAUGGAGAGGUUUUAAAUGUAGAAAAUUAUUAACUAAAAUUAAGCGUGAUUGUGCUUAUAGAGAUAAAAUUACACAAGAAAUUUUCAAGACUGAAAAAGAUUAUGUUACCAAUUUAAGUAUUUGUAUUAAUAAUUAUAUGACACCUUUAAAGGAAUUAUUAAAUAAGGAUCAAAUUAAGACGAUAUUUUCGGAUAUUCAAAUUAUUCAUGCAUUUGGACAAAAACUAAUUGAGAAGCUGCGUCCAAGAAUCGAGAGUUGGAAUCAUCGUCAGAGAUUGGGUGACAUUUUCCUGGAGAUUGCCGAUUUUCUCAAGGUGUACACCGGCUACAUUCAAAACUAUAACAAUGCACUGGCGAUGCUCGACGAGAUCCGCAAGAAGGACAAGAUCAGCCAUGCACUCAACGAGUGUCGGGCACAUCCCGAUUGCAAGGGAUUCGAGCUGUCGGCAUUCCUCAUCACUCCGAUCCAGCGUGUACCGCGAUACAACCUGUUGUUGAUGGAUCUUGUCAAGCACACCUGGGCAGAUCAUCCCGACUACAAGUCACUGUGCGACGCUACCGAACGUAUCAAAGGCAUAGCGUCGUUCCUCAACGAGAAGAAGCGUGAGGGUGAGAACAUCAAGCGGUUCACCGACAUCCAGGCCUGUCUGGAGAAAGGACCGUUGCUGUUUGCGCCAACUCUUGAAGAUCAAGUAGGAGCAGCUGCAACUACUACAACUUCGUCGACUACACCACUGUCAGCGUCGUCGUCGUCGUCAUCGUCGUCAUCGCCACUGCAGAUUACACUCAAGUCCAAUGAAGUAGUCUUGGUUUUCACCGCCAAGGAUGAAGAAGAGUAUAAGGAAUGGGUGGAAGAUCUGAAAAAGACGAUCGUUGACGCAAAGGAGAAGGAUAACAUGGUUAAGGAAGCAAAAGCCGGACAUGCCACUGCUAAAGAGUCGACACAGGCACCUGCACAACCCGAGAAGGAGGUCACAGCCGAACAACAACUUGCAGAGAGAAGAAAGACAAAGAAAGAUCUCGCUUCAUCCACAAACAACGCCAACAGCAACAACACUCCACAACCAACGAUUACCAUCUCAACAUCGGUAUCACUUCCGACUAGCCCUGUAACAUCACCAAUCAAAGAAUCACCAUCUCCUGCCACACCAUCUUCACCAUCAAUAACAGGAAACAAUCAUAGUAAUCAUAAUAGUGGUCAUGGUUUCUCAUUCAUUUCAUCAAUUCUCGGUAAGAGUAGUGGUAGCAACAGUAGUAGUAGUAGCGGUAACAGUAGUAAUAGCCCUAGUAGUAACAAUAAAAAGACGCAAAAAGAAGAAGGUUUAGCUCAUAACAGUGAACAGGUAUCAGAGUCUGUCACUGUCGAAUCAAACAACAGCGGUGGAAACUGUGACUCUAGUGAGUCGAGCAUCGAGUCAUCUUCGCCAGUGGCACCGUCGUCACCCACCAUUUCAAACAAAGCAAGCAGACCCAAGAAGAAGAAGCAGCAACAACAACACUCUGUCGACGACAUUGAUAUUGGCGUUAAGAAGUCCAACCAUGAGGACGGUGGAAGAGCAAGAGCACAAACACGUCUACAGAAACUAACAGGUACACUCGCAUUCACAAGAAGAAAGAAAGACAAAGAAAAGUUGGAACAAGCAGCUGCUGCCUCUGCUUCAUCUCAAUCAAGUGAAUCAAAUGAUAAUAAUGAUGAUCAUAUCGAUAAUAAUAAUAAUAAUAAUAACACUGAAAUAACUUCAACAACAAAUAAUGAUAAUAAUAAUAAUAAUAAUAAUGUAAUAGAUGAAUCAACACGUACAUUAAAUACAAGUGGUACCAAUACCAAUAGUAAUAGAAAGACACCACCUCCACCUGUACCAUCGAGAAACUACACUGGUGAUGCUACAACAACGACUACUCUGACUAACAGUGGUGGUGCCACACCAAGUGUGCUAGCGAAUAGUGGUGGAGGUGGAUCAGAACAACAACAAAAACUAAGUUUCGAAGAGAUAAAGAGUAACAGAGCUGAACUGGAUCAAUCGAAAUUGGAAACCUAUCUCACUGAUGAAGAGUUUUCUCGUGUCUUUAAUAUGGAACAAUCCGCCUUUUAUAAACUACCAAAGUGGAAACAAGAUCAAAAGAAGAGAGAAUUGAAACUACUAUAA